AUGGAAUCUGAACAUGUGUGUAUACACGAUUUGACAGUGUUUGAAUGGUUACAUAAUCAGCAAAGUUCAUCACAACUUCAUGGUCCACCACCAUCGUAUGAAGUUGUAAUGGGGAAACCUAAACUCUAUAAAGUAACUCAACAGGGCCCGGAUGAUCAACUUCCAUCGUAUCAAGAAGUAAUACGCAACCCUCAAAAGUUCCCCAAGGUCUUGGAAGAUCCUGAUGUUACCGAAUCGUCAUCGAUGAGUCCAUCUAUAGUUCAUUCUACUCAAACAUCUUCCAGUGUUCCACCCAGUCAACAUACAGCUUCAUCCACUCUACGGAGAGUUUCAUCCACUCUACAGAGAGCUUCAUCCACUCUACGGAGAACUGCAUCUAGUGUGCGAAAAGUUUCAUCCAGUCUUGCAUGGAAAGUCGAUCGUUCUUGA